UGGGAGAAAUAGGUCAAAUCGUUAUUAUUCACGCUACGUGCCGUGUUAAUACGCCGUUAAUAUACAUCGAGCGAAUAUAGCCAGUGGAAUAUCUGCAAUAUCAGACCAAGACGAAGAUCCCGUUACCGCAGUGUCAGCUUCUUUGUCAUAGCUUCUGUAUCGACUGAACUUCUUCAUGCGACAGAACAGAGUGGUAUAUAAUUCUGUGGGGGCCACGGAGAGAUGAGAAAGAUGUUUGGAAGCAGUCUUAUACUACACCUAUCAGCGCUGUUGACUCUACACCUUGUCGAAGGGGGGGAAUCAUCACCAACUCCACCCCCACCUGUUAUUGCACCAGAGUGCCCUUUCUUUAAAGCACAAAACCCCAAAAUCCUUGGCUCAAAGUUCAAAGUUGACUUCAGCUUGGUUACAAAAGCAAUAAACUCCAGUCGAACAUUUAAGGACGAGUUGUUUCAUUCCCAUGAUGUAAUACAGGGUAAAGUUGUCGACUACCGCACGGGGAACGUCACUGUCGGAGCCAAGGGCACCUGUUUGACGUGUGACGCCACGUGCUCUUCCUGUGACGUCACGUUAGCUAUCGGUGGAUACGUGGAGCCAGGUGUGACGCAAUACAUUCUCCCACAGCACUAUUAUGACGUGGACCUUAUAUGUGUGGUAAAACAUAAUGUACCUGCCCUGACGUACAGAGCUCUCCCAGCUCGAAUAACGUUGGCAACGACUUGUGACUUUAGCCACGUAAGACCGAACUCUGAAUACAUUUUUACUGGACGAGUAACUACUUUAAGCCCAAAGCUCAACUUCGAGCUUAAAUAUGCCUAUAAAAUGUUUGACGAAAAAGUCGAACUUCUUCGCCAGCUGUGUGGCUUUCGAUCGCCGGAGAUAUCACCGACGUUGGCUGACUAUAACCAGUGUUCAACUUACGGGACAGACCCCGACAUGCCUUGUCAAGCAGUUGGGGCGGCUUCUAUAUCACGCAUUGCAUACAUAGCAUCAGUUUUUCCUAUUACUUUCACUUUAUAUACUUUUAGUUAUAGUUCAAUUAAUUGUCGUUUUAUUUAAGUCUAAACGCUUAAAAUUGUACGCCAAACCCAAGACGGACUCAUAAAAGAACAUAUGGGGCCUAUAUUAUAUUUUUGUUUGGCAACUACAGUAAGAAAUCACUCACUGUCCUUUGGAAAAUAUCAGUGAUCAAAGCCGUGGUCAUAUAUUCAUGUAUGUACCGGUAUAUAUACUAUAGUGUUCAUCGACUUCAUCAUCGUACAGAAAAUUGCCACUGAAACCUCGAUCGGUUCAUAAAAUGACAUAAAGUCUGUUACAAUGUGAAAUACCUCUAUACCCUGUUAUACCAAACUGUCAUCUGUCUUGUAUUC